AUGGGUCCAGUCAUGCCUCCCAGUAAGAAGCCAGAGGGCUCAGGAAUUAGCGUUCCCAGUGGACUGAGCCAGCGUUACCAAGAUAGUGAUUUAUCAAAGGCACUUCACGAUGACGAGGACCUAGAUUUCUCUUUGCCUGCCAUCAGAUUAGAUAAAGGGGCCAUGGAAGAUGAAGAACUAACGAAUUUGAACUGGUUACACGAGAGCAAGAACUUGCUGAAAAGCUUUGGGGACUCGGUGUUGCGGAGCGUUAGCCCCGUUCAGGACCUCGGUGAUGACACGCCGCCGUCGCCUGCCCACUCUGACAUGCCCUACGAUGCCAAGCAGAACCCAAACUGCAAACCUCCUUACUCCUUUAGCUGCCUCAUAUUUAUGGCCAUCGAGGAUUCACCAACCAAAAGACUGCCCGUAAAGGAUAUAUACAACUGGAUCUUGGAACACUUUCCGUAUUUUGCAAACGCACCCACUGGAUGGAAAAAUUCUGUGAGGCAUAAUCUAUCCUUGAAUAAGUGUUUUAAGAAAGUGGACAAAGACAGAAGUCAGAGUAUUGGAAAGGGGUCCUUGUGGUGUAUAGACCCAGAAUAUAGACAAAAUCUUAUUCAGGCUUUGAAAAAGACACCCUAUCACCCAUAUUCGCAUGUGUUCAGUACACCUCCCACGUCUCCUCAGGCAUAUCAAAG